GAAUAUACCAAUGUAUGGAGCUAUAAAACGUUUUUACACCUCUGUUCAAUUUGAUCCUGUCUGUGGUAUACCUGAAGAAACCAAUGCCAUCUCCACGUUUGAUAACUUCAAUCAUCAUUAUUACUUUUGGAUGCUCAGUUGCUGCAAUGACUGACCCAACCUUUAAUGGCUUUGCAUUUCUGAUGGGAGGAGCGAGUGUGUUACUACAGUCUCUACAACAGACCUUGUUACAACAGUGUGGUGAGAACCAUCUUUCUCCACUGCAUGUUCUCCAUCUCAACAGUUGUAUCUCUGUUGUUCCAUUUCUUAUUCUUACUAUUCUUCAAGGAGAACUGACAGAUGUCCUUACCUACGAGUAUAUUCAAGAUACAAGUUUCCACAUGAUCUUCACACUACUGCUGGUAAUGGGACUGCUGUUAAACUUUUCAAUGUUUUUGUGUACGAUGCUCAAUUGUGCUCUCACUACCUCAGUUGUGGGCGUGACAAAGAGUGUCUUUCAGACCAUCAUUGGAUUCUUCGCUUUUGGUGGAGUUACUUUGCAUCCAGUUAAUGUUGCAGGAAUUGCUUUAAACACAACUGGAGGAGUGAUGUACACCUAUGAGAAGUACCAAGAUCAAAAGAGGAAAUUAAGAAAAACUAACUUUGAAGACACUACGGCACAGCAGGGUGGAUGGGAACUUAAAGAAAAAUUGCCUGUUAUAUGAUGAAAUUAAUUCCCUUAGGAAUUUGCACUGUUGUUAUUUAUUUUUAAUUAUGAAACUAAACAUAGGUUGGCCAUCACUAAUCCGGCAAUCAGUAAUCCGGUUCAAUCAGUAAUCCGGUACUAAUUUUGACUAGCAUAAUUUCAAAUUUCCGGGGUUGCCACACCAACCUCCCGCUACUGUUUGGUGGCACUACUUGCUGCGUAAGUCAUUCCACUUUCUUUUUCUCCAUUUAUUAUUAUAACCUGCUCACUUUUAGCCCUAACCAUAGUUUCAACAAAUAAAAGAAAUGCUUCUUGUUGUGUAAAUCACAUACACAGUACAUUGUCCAUAAAAGAUAAGUGGCUUUGAAGUCACUGUUGGUCACCAUGAGCUCACCUCACUCAGAUAAGCUGUGACCAGUAAAUUUGGGCCUACAUAUGAGAGAAUAGGUCUGUGUGGUAAGUGUGCACCAUAUCAAAAAAAAUCUUGCAGCACGCAGUGCAUAAUGAGAAAAAAAUGCGACUGUGUUUUUGGUGUAAAACAGCAAAUUUGCGGUGUAUUUUUCUAUGUUUUCUAUGGUUGUAUUCUCAUUUUUUUUGGUCUCAUUUGAUAGAAUUGAAGAUAUAUUACACACAUAGAUGUGAUUUUGAUUGGUUUCAUGAGGGAAAGUACCUUGAAAUUGAGCUCAAAGUAGCGGAAAUAUUCGAUUUUUGCUGAUGUUCAACAUCAGCAAAAAUCGAAUACGUGUCCAAUACAUGUCCAACUGGCUGGUCUAAUACUCAGUCACGUAUUGGUUGACAUUAUUUAUACAAUUAUUAUAAUAAUGCAGUAGUCCUGCAUAACAGUAAAUCUUCUAUUUUUUGUGUGGAUAAAAAUUCAAAAUGGAAAGCAAGAGUAGUACAGUGGAACCCCGGUUUUUGUCUGGUCCGGUUAUCGUACAAUUCAGUUUUCAUACCAGAUGUGUCCACCUGCCUGUGGGUUGUGGUCGCUCAUACAUUAGUGACUCAGUCUGCCUUUGUUACUUGUUCAGUGAGCAUCACUCAGUGCGUUCAUCCGAAGCAUUUUGUAAUAAUCCAUUGUUUUUUGUGCUUGCGACUGCUAAAUAAGUCACCAUGGGGCCAAAGAAAGUUCUGAGUGCCAGCCCUUUGGUAAAGAAGGUGAGAAACACAAUAGAAUUCAAGAAAGAACUCAUAGAAAAACAUGAAAGUGGCGUAUGAGUGGCCGAAACUCGCCAGGAUGUAUGGGAAGUCCAAAUCAACGAUUAGUUCCAUCUUGGCGAAGAAAAAGUAAUGAAGGAAGCUGAUGUUGCGAAAGGGGUAAAUGUGUUAACGAAACAGAGAUUGCAAACAGUUAGCAGGAAAUAGUGUUGUGAAGGCGAUAAUUUGUGAAAAGGCAAGGCAGUUGCAUGUGGAUCUCGUAAAGAAAAUACCUGGAAUGAGUGCUACUGUUAGUGAAUUUAAGGCCAGCAAAGACUGGUUCGACAGAUUCAAGAAGCGAAGCGGCAUACACAGCAUGUUAGGGCAUGGCGAGGCUGCAAGUUCGAACAAACAUGGGACCGAAGAAUUUGUUGAUGAAUUCAAGGAGUACAAAGAGGCUGAAGGAUUCCUCCCCCAACAAGUGUUCAUUUGUGAUGAAACAGGCCUCUUCUGGAAGAAAAUGCCAAAGGACCUACAUCAUGCAGGAAGAAAAGGCACUGCCAAGACACAAGCCUAUGAAGGAUAGGCUAACUCUUUUGUUCUGUGGUAAUGCUAGUGAGGAUUUCAAAGUGAAACUUUUGCUGGUGUAUCACUCUGAAAAUCCCAGAAUGUUCAAGAACAACAGCAUCAUCAAGAGUAAGUUGUGUGUGCUGUGGAAGGCUAACAAUAAGGCAUGGGUCAUGAGGCAAAUUUUCAUUGAGUGGGUCAAUGAAGUGUUUGGCCUGAGUGUGAAGAAAUACCUCCUGGAAACUAAAUUGCCACUCAAGUGGCUCCUGGUAAUGGACAAUGCUCCUGCUCAUCCUCGAGACUUGGAAGACCAAUUGUUGGGGGAGUUUAGUUUCAUCACAGGGAAGUUCUUGACCCCUAAUACCACUCCUCUCAUCCAGUCCAUGGACUAGCAGGUCAUUUCAAACUUCAAAAAACUGUACUUCAAAGCAAUGUUUCAAAGGUGCUUUGAAGUGACCUCGGACACUGAAUCGACCCUAAGAGAGUUCUGGAGGAAUCACUUUCAAUAUCCUCAAUUUCAUAACCCUUAUAGAUAAGGCUUGGCAGGGAGUGACUUCCAGGAUGAUUAACUCUUAUUGGAGAAAAUUGUGGCCAGGAUGUGUCCUCCAGAAGGAUUUUGAAGGGUUUGAGGCUGACCCUGAUGACCCUAUGCCUGUUGUGGAAUCUAUUGUGUCUUUGGGAAAGUCCAUGGGGUUGGAGGUGAGUGACCAGGAUAUGGAAGAGUUGGUGGAGGGCCACAAGGAGGAGCUGACCACUGAAGAGCUGCAACACCUUCAUCUGGAACAGCAACAGACCUUAGCUGAGGAAAUUGCUUCAGAGGAGGAGGAGGAAGAGACAGGGAAGAAUGUGCCUUCUUCAGCAAUUAAGGACAUUUGUGCAAAGUGGAGUGUGGUGCAAAUUUUUGUGGAGAAAUAUCACCCUAACAAAGCUGUUGCAAGCUGUGUCAGCAACAUGUUCAAUGACAGUGCUGUGUCCCAUUUUAGACAAAUCUUAGAGAUACCAGAAACAGGCAUCUCUGGACUGAUUUUUGUGCUUCAGGGGUCCAGUAACUCUCAGGCUGGUCCUACUGCCAGUAAAAUGCAAAGAAGAGAAGUAACCCCAGAUAGGUCUUUGAUACCUGAAGUCUUUAUGGAGGGGGAUUCCCCUUCCAAACAAUAACCCCUUCUCCCUCUCCUUGCCAUCUUCCAUACGCCAACAAGAACAUAAGAACAUAAGAAAGAAGGAACACUGCAACAGGCCUACUGGCCUAUGCAAGGCAGGUCCAAUUCUCCCACCAGCUUAAGCCAAUGCCUUGACCUAGUCAGGUCAGACACAUCACUUAAGGGAGGAGCAUGGCAUCCAACCUAGUAGCACAAGCUAGUCAGGUCCAAGUCACACCCACCCACACUCACUCAUGUAUUUAUCCAACCUAUUUUGAAAACUACACAACGUCUUAGCUUCUAUGACGGUACUCGGGAGUUUGUUCCACUCAUCCACAACUCUAUUACCAAACCAGUGCUUUCCUAUAUACUUCCUGAAUCUGAAAUUUUCCAGUUUAAAACCAUUGCAGCGAAUCCUGUCUAUUUUAGAUAUUUUUAGCAUGCUAUUUACAUUCUCUUUAUUAAUUCCUGUUUUCCAUUUAUACACCUCAAUCAUCUCCCCCCUAAUUCUAUGCCUUUCUAGAGAGUGCAGUUUCAGGGCCCUCAGUCUAUCCUCAUAAGGAAGUUUUCUGAUACAUAGGAUCAGCUUUGUCAUCCUCCUUUGUUCGUUUUCUAGCGCAUUUAUAUCCAUUCUGUAAUAUGGUGACCAAAACUGCGCAGCAUAAUCUAAAUGAGGCCUAACCAAAGAUAUAUACACAUAAAGGUAAAAGUGAUGUUAAAUGUUCAUUUAUCCAUUUCAUUAGUACUUUAUAUUUAUUUCUUAUUGUUUUUCUGUAUGUAAAACUAUAGUUAUUCUCUAUAAAAUGUAUUUUUUGUUAAUAUUUUUGGGUGUCUGGAACAGAUUAAUUGGAUUUACAUUAUUUCUUAUGCGAAAUAUUACUUCAGUUUUCGUACAAAUCGGUUUUCAGCUGACCUUCUGGAGCGGAUUAAGGGCAAAAACCGGGGUUCCACUGUAUAAGAGGGGCCUGGAGAUGUGACUGUUGAACAGAGAAAAUGUUAUUUUAGUGCUAG